AUGCUCCUCUCCCCUGUCUACACCCGACCACCCCUUUCACGCCGUGCACUGUCCAUUGGAACACUCUCGCUGACGUUUGCAGCCCCCGAAAUCCGACAAUGCAAAGUUCCUUCCGCCCGAGUCUCUGACGUCGCUGACCGUUGCGUCCGAGCCAACGUCGCCGCUGCGGCAGUGCAGCCUGCCGUCCAAGGCGCCGCCGCUGCAGCCCGAGCCUCUCGAGGCGCCGCCGUUCCCGCGCCACGACUCGGAGCCGAUCACGACAACGUACCACCCGUUACGCUCGUCGCAGUACACGGACCUGUUCCUGCUCGAGCCGCACGAGUACGACUCGAUCGCUGA